GCAGAGUUUGUUAUGGAGUGUGGUGAUGACAACAAAUGCUUCAGUAAUUUACAGUUCACAGCUGAACUUAAGGACCUUAAGAAAAAUGCAUCAGGUGUCUAUGAGAUGAGCAUUAGUCAGCAGAAUCACCUGCAUAUUGUCAUGAGGGUACACAAUGAAGGAGAGCCUGCCUAUCUCACCAGAAUCUACAUCAACAAACCUCAAGUGUUCACCUAUCUUGGCACUGAACCGCAGGAUUCAGUUGCUUGUCAGUGGCUGAAAGAAGACCCUACUCUGAUUGUCUGUGACCACAUAGGUAACCCACUUCGCAGUGGCAAAGCUGUGGACUUCACUUUAAAACUCAAUGUUCCGCAUUCCAUGGUUGAAGCUAAUGACAUUUAUAACAUUACUGCAUGGGUCAAUACAUCAAGUACAGAAGAAACACCCCUCAAUGACUAUCAUACCCUGCUUUUGCAUUUCAUUAACAGAGCUGAGAUUUCUCUGUCCACUACUGUAGUGCCAGACAGCACUAUCCUGUGUAAGGGAGAGCCUCGAGACGUCAGUUCCAUCUUGAAUGAGGUUGACAUUGGAGCUUCGGUUAAACAUAACUUUACAGUAAGGAAUGCUGGCCCAGGUGUGGUUUCAGAAUCCUAUAUCAAUAUUUCUUGGCCUUAUGAAGUUGGAGGUGACACAGGAACAGGAAAGUAUCUACUAUACCUGAUGAGACAGCCAAAGACUGUUGGGCCAGUCAUCAGAUGUAAUGAUGAUGAGAUUGAGAAAUAUAUAAACCCUCACAGUAUAAAGGAAGUGACUGAAGACAGACUGGCAGCAGAAGCAUUAAGAGAUGCAGAGAGUGCUAGUUCCACAUCGACUGCUGAUGUGUCAAGCAGCAGACGUAAGAGAGAAGUUGAUCCAAAAACAAAGAGGGCCACCACAACUCUUAGUUGUCAUGAUGGUUCUGCAAAGUGCUUUGAAUACAGAUGCAAGAUAGGAAAAUUGGAGCCAGGAUUGGACUUUGUCACAAUCACAAUGGAGGCACGGUUGUGGGAAAGCACACUGUUGUCUGAUUACAGAAAGAUGCCGGAAGUGCAGAUCCAGUCCUGGGGAGAAAUCACUGUACCCUCCAAGCUGAUGAUAACCCAGGAUAAAUCUGAUGACAAGAAAAGAGGUAUUACACGUGCCGUGCCAGACUUCAAGGAGACUGCUGGCCAAGUGGUACAGUGGUGGAUUAUUCUUGUUGCAGUCCUUGUGGGAUUAGUAGUUCUUCUUGUAGUCAUAUUUGUUCUUUACAAGCUGGGCUUUUUCCGGCGCAAACGUAUGGAAGACAUGCAAAUGUACAAAGCUGAGAAAAAACAACAGCCCAUGUUACAAGAUGAAUAUGAAGAUGAUUCGUACUUACAAUGA